AUGCCGAGCCAUAAGGGUUAUGUAAAGAGCAGCAUGAAUAAAAGUAGGAGUUGGCUGGCGAUGGUCGCCGUAGUGGUACUAGCGAGUGCAGUACGAGGAUGGGAUUGUGUUUGCAAUCCAAGAGAGUGCGAAGCUCUUGAACCAAGUGGCUGCCCUGGACUAGGAAUAGUGGUAUGGGACCCUUGCAGAUGCUGCAAAGUAUGUGCAAGAACACUCGGUGAAGAUUGUGGUGGAUUUAGGGGGACGUGCGAGCCGGGUCUAAAGUGUUUUGAAGGGUCGUGUUCACCAAUAACU